CACAGGGAUUAUCACGCUGACGCUGUUGAGUGCUGCUGAGUAGCCUCGGAGUAAAGAAAAGCAGGGGAGGGACCAUCUGAUCUUCCUUCACGCUCUGCGGAGAGAAAGCUGCAUUAAAGCAAGAAAAAGACCAAGGUUUCUCCUUUCUCCAUUACUGCAACAGCCAAGCUCUCGAGUCCUGAACUAAUUAGUUUGAAUUUGAAAGAAGCAGAUGCAACAGACACCUGCCGGUGGUGCUGGAAGUGGAGGUGGCGGCAGCGGCGGUGGCGGGAGCAGCGGUGGAGUACUUACCCGGUUCCGCUCAGCUCCAGCCACCUGGUUAGAUGCUCUGCUUGAAGAAGAGGAGGAAGAUGACACUUUGAAGCCAAACCAGGGUCUUUCUCAGCUUUUGGCAGGCCAUUCAGCGACACUCAGUACCCGAAACUCCGGGAAUUAUGCGUCUUCCGCAGAUUCAGGGUUGUACGAAGCUGGGUCCGGUGGCUCCGGCAUGGGUUUUCUUCGACAGAACAGUUCUCCUGCGGGGUUCCUAGGUGCUGAGUCUGAGGGGUACUUGUCAAACUUCGGGAUUCCGGCGAAUUAUGACUAUAUUUCGCCGUCGUCAGUCGACGCGUCUGGUAAGGGGCAGAGGGAGGAAAAAGCACAACAAGCUUCUGCAAAAUUUUCGGCCCAGUUGAAAGUAGAGCAGAGUGCGCAGCUACCUGGUGCAAUGAGUGGUUUAUUGGAUAUGGAGAUGGAGAAAAUUUUGGAGGAUUCCGUACCAUGCAGGGUUCGAGCAAAGCGUGGCUGUGCAACACACCCCCGUAGCAUUGCAGAGAGGGUUCGGAGGACUCGAAUCAGUGAUAGAAUAAGGAAGCUUCAGGAGCUUGUGCCUAACAUGGACAAGCAAACUAAUACAGCAGAUAUGUUAGAAGAGGCAGUAGAAUAUGUGAAGUUUUUACAAAAUCAAAUUCAGGAACUCGCUGAGCAUCAAAAGAAGUGCAAAUGCUUAGUUAGAGAUUAGUGGAAGAAGAAAUCAAAGAGAGCUUCCCCAAUACUCUAGGUUUGUGAUAUGUCGAUUAGAAUUUGUUGGGGUGGUAGAUGAUGAUGCUCUCUCUCUCUCUCUCAAUCUUUCAUCUCCCCCCCCCCCCCCCCCACCCUCUCCAAAACAAAAAAAAUUUCUGCUUUGAACCAUUUUUCUGCUGAAUUCAUGGGCAGCAUGUUGAUGUUCGCCUGGGAGCAUGUUAACAGUGGAACCCAUGAUCAAGAUCUGUGGGCUUCUUCUGGACAAAGCCCUCUUUGAAGUUGUCUUGGCAACAUAUUAGCUGUAAAAUUCUGUACACUAUUACAUCAUUUAAUGGCAAGCUUGUUUAUAUCAAA